AUGCUCCGCAGGCCCUUCUCGCGCAGGCGCACGGCGAGUGCAUCCCCCCUCCUCCCGCCAUCCGCGGCCCCCGCCUCUGCCCAGCCGACGGGCACCGAUCCGGCCGCAACGCCCGACUCGCCCGCGGACGCGGCGGGCGUGCAGGUCGCCGUCGUGAUCGCAAUGCCCAACCCGCAUCGGCCCCACAUCGCGCCCACCGCCUUCCCCGGGUCGACAAAGGGCAAGGAGAGGAAGCUCUUCGCGGACGACUCGGCGGAGGACGACGACGACGACGAGGGCGUGCCGGACAUCGUGCUGGGCGUGGCGCAGCUGCCCUGCCCGGGCUGGGCCGCCACCCCAGGACUCUGA